AUGGGGGUCCUGGCCUGGCCCACGGCUUCCUGGAAGAGGUGUGCCAGCACCAGCCAAGCAGUACAUCCCCUCUGUGCGCUGACACGCCUCCCCAUGCCUCUCUGGCUGACUGGCCUGGCCUCUGAUAGAGAUAUUUGGGAAGCUGGAUUUUACCCAGAAAAGCAGGAACUGGCCGCUUCUCAUCUGAACUCGCCUUCUUGCACUUUGACCGUAAAGGAUCUUUUGCUGUCAAACAACUGUGACACGCAUCAGCAGGCGAUGACCCCGUCUCUGAUGAGGCAAAGCCCCGGGAGUUGCCAGGAACUGAUGUUGACAGAAGACGAGAAGAAAUUGCUGGCCAAAGAAGGCGUGACGCUGCCCACUCAGCUGCCCCUUACCAAGUAUGAGGAAAGGGUGCUCAAGAAGAUCCGGAGAAAGAUCCGGAACAAACAGUCGGCACAAGAAAGCCGGAAAAAGAAGAAGGAAUACAUUGAUGGGCUGGAGUCCCGGAUGUCGGCCUGUACGGCUCAGAACCAGGAGCUACAAAGGAAAGUUGUUCAUUUGGAGAAACAGAACUUGUCCCUUCUCCAGCAGCUGAAGAAACUUCAAGCUUUGGUGAUUCAGUCCAGCAGCAAAACCGCUCAGACUGGCACAUGCGUUGCGGUGCUCCUGCUCUCUUUUGCCUUGAUUGUUUUCCCGUCCAUCGGCCCUUUUGCUCACAACAAAGCCGAGAUGAAAGGCGACUUCAUACCUGUGAGAGUUUUUUCCCGGUCCCUCCACAACGACGCCUCCUCCAGAGUCGUCUCCUCUCUGGCAAAAGAUGCCGACUUGCGUGCCAAGGAGCCGGAGAAACCUGUGUGGGCUGAAUAUGCCAGCGGAAGGCGGAACAGGCAGGAGGGAGAAACCCUUGACCAGUUCCUCAGAAGCCACGUCCGGAGCAAGCCCCACAAGGCCAGAGAGGCUGUCUUGAAGAAUGGCUCAGAGUCAGAGGGGCCGCACCUGGACUUGGAAAGAUUUCGGCCCGAGGACCAUCUCCACGAGCAUGGCUUGGCAUCGGUGGCAUGGACAGAGCCUGGUCAGCCCAGCCAGAGGGCCCUGGAGCAGGCCGAAGAGCUGUGACUGUCCCCUCCUGGUGUCUCCUUCUGCAUGGCAUUCUGGGACUUAAUAGGGGUGUUGAUAGGGAUUCUUGGCCAUGUGCAAAGGAAGCUGCGCCUCUCCUGUUGAGCAUGGAGGAAACAUAAGA